GCCGUCGACACCUCGAUGCCACACGCAGCCUUUGGACAACGGGUCGCCCGACACCUGCUGCAGUACCUGUGUGCCCGACGAGGAGCCGACCACUGCCAACCUCAUCCAGCGGAUCUUGGAUCUGUGUGCCGGCAGUGCAGGCGACGAAUGUGGCCGUGUCGACAAUUCGCCCGAAACUUCGGCGACGAUGUGUUUCUUCAACUCUACAGAAACAGCCGACACCAACCCCCGCGACCUUCUGGUGCAGAACCUGUGCAUCCGGAACCAGGAGAAGCGGUUGUCGCAACGGAACAAGAAGGUCUCCGAACUCGAGCAAAGGCUCUUCGAGACUCAGCAUUUCAAAGCAGAGCGGCCCCUGGCAGAGAACUGUGCUGCCGAGGAGGCCGUGGUGGCAACGCUGGGUGCAGUACCCAUUGCUGCACAGUCGGAGGAGAAGAUGCUCCUCAGGACACCACCCGGGACCCCGAAGUUUCAACAAGACGAUCCAAUCCACGAGAUCGCCAGACAGCGGAGACAAGAACAGGGAAGUGGUGCAUCUCUGAGUUCUGAGACGACUUGCGACAGUCACGGCCACGGCCCUCUGCAGGAGUUCCCAGGCACUGCCCCUCAACACGGUUCUCCUGCCGAGGCAGGCGAUUCCGAGACCGCGAAUCCCAACUUCAAGGAUCUCGCGGACACCGAGAUUGGCGCUGGAGGUGUCUCACCUUACGACCUCGUGGUGCCAAAUCUCUUGCCGUACCUGAGCGUGCAGGACUUGCUGAACUGGCGCCUGCUGUCGCGGCACACCAGAAGCCCCAAGGCCUUGACACAGCACGUGGCCGAGACGGGCAGCAUGGACAGGCCCGACGCUGUUGUCGCUUUCUCGAAAUGGUUGGAAGUCUUCGUCCGUAACCCGGACACCUCCUUCGUGGCAGUCUUUGGAGACGAUGCCGUGCAGCAGAAGCUCCACGAAUGUCGUCGGUGGUGCAUGGCUCUGGCGCACAGGAGACACACGCAUUUUGCAGAGGGCCAUGCGCGCGACAUUGUUGACAAGAACCUCCGAGUUUUGCUUGGGCACUGCCGGAGUGCGGAUGCGUCCCUUGCUGCCGCUGCCGACCACAUCGUGCUCAACUAUGCAGCAGAUGGCCUCCGUUUUGUCCAGCAGCCUGUUGCAGCUGUCAUGCUUUUGCGCAUGGAAGAUUUGCUGGCGAAUGCGAGCGAUAGCGUGGAGGAGAUAGCAGCAUGCCAUCGGAAGCUUGAGCUGGUUUUUCGCUCGCUGAGCAAGCCUCAGCGUCAGAAGUGGGUGUCCCUUAUGGUCAAAUUGCUGAUGUACGGUCAGUAUCGCAAUGAUCGGUUGAUCUGGCAACUGAAGAUGCUAUGGCUGGCUGACGACGAUCCCAGGCGAACGUAUGCAGAGUCCGCAGAACAGUUGCGGACGUUCGCAAAGUCCACAUCAGCAGAUGUCCGGCAGGAGCUGCAGAUUCUCUUCGUCAGCUGCUGA